CAGAAAAUGCCUCUGACAUCCAGGUCCAGCCAACUGCUUCCCAGUGAACUACAGCAAUGAGUUCACUCAUUCUUUCGGUUGUAGGAUACUGGGACUUCAGUGAAAGUGUACGACCCAAAGGAAUUAACUGGACACUACAGUAAUCAUGACAGAAGAAGUCCCAAUUGCAUCUAGCAUACUUGAGUACAAUGGGAAUGUACCACCUGAAAAAACUCAGCUGCAGGUCAUUGCUAUUAUUGACGAAAUAGCAAAAUCAGUUGGGACAGUUCCAUGUGAAAAUGCAGAAACCAGUCCUGAAGCUCCACUUAAAAAGGAAAAUCAAGAGGAUAACAAGAAUUCAAUAGAGGACAACACAGUAUGUGGUGCUCUUGACGGGGAGAAGCAAUGCGAAGAAAAACAAGAGGAAAACAAUGCAACUCUAGAGGAGGGAUCAGCUGACAUCCCUUCCGAGAACACACGAACUGAUGAAGAGAAAUCAAGAGAAGGGCCCUGUGAAGAGAUUAUUCCUGUAAGCACCAAAGAAUGUGAAAUAACUAGACAGGAGGAAAGGAACACAGAGCAACCUCAGGAAGAAACAGCUACUCAUGCUAAUGAGGCCAAGGAGUUCCAAACAGCAGGAGCCCAGGAAGAAGGGUGGAUGCUUGAACCCAAGGAGCAAAUUAAAGCUGAUACACAAUUAGAAGAAAGAGAGAAUGCGGAAGAGGAGGAGGAGGAGGAGGAAGUACAGCUGAUCGAAAGCAAGAAAGAAAAUGGUGGCGAGUCUCCUUUAAAGAAGCAAGAAAAUGACAGGGAGGAAUGCUCUCCUACCAGCCCCAGUUUUAACUUCCAGGCUGAGAAACCUGAGGAGCAGCCAGGCUCAGGGAAAAAAAAUGAUAUCUCCAGACAUAGUUAUUCUAGAUACAAUACAAUCUCCUAUCGCAAGAUCAGAAAAGGAAACACUAAACAAAGAAUUGAUGAAUUUGAGUCCAUGAUGCAUUUAUAAACUGAGGUGGGGAAUUUGCCUAAGCUGAGAGUUCAUUUUGUUUUUUCAAGAUGUAUCGCUUCAUGUCAUAUCAAGUCAUCAUUAUACACUGUGAAAAUUUAACCUCUGUAUUUCAUUUUGAAAUCAUACAGAAACAUCCAUAGGAGAAAAAUAAAAUCAACAGUUUGCUAAAUAUAAUACAACCUAAUUUAAAGUUUAUCCAUCCCCAUCUCCCCCAUCCUUUUUUUGUAACAAGAUUCAGGCACUAGAAAUUUUUGAACCAAUUGGAAAUUCUAUAGCUGCACGCAACAGAAAAUGACCCAUUCUAUUUGCCAUUCUGGUAAUUAGUUGGCAGCAGAACAGUUCCAGUAAAAUUAGAGAGUGCAGUAAUGAUAAUAAAAGAGACAACUGUUUGCAACAGUAAUGCUCUCUGUUUUGAAAUCUGUUUAUGUUGGUGUCUUACGGUGCACUAAAGCCGCCUUGUGCUAUCACCAGUCCGUUUCCAUUUUGUGCUGAUGGAAUAAAGGGCUAAUUGCAUAAACACGUAAAUAUAGAUUAACAGAAAAUAAGCACAUAAUGUUUCAUUUG